AUGGACGGAUGUCGCUUUGCAGAAAAUGCCUACUUCAUCAAAAUAAGAGACAAGACGUAUGCUAACAGAUCAGCCAGAGACAUUGCUCUUGAGAUGUUCUCCUAUUUCGACGGUUUUUACCUGUCCGCUAAGAAGGAUGGCUUGUGCAACAUUGGUGGCCUUAUAGCAGUUAGAGACGGGGACCUCUUCGCCACAAUUAGGAGCCAGUUAAACCGAACAGUGGGGAAAUGGAGACUGGGUGGAAUGGCCACCCGAGAUCUUGAUGCUAUUGCGAUAGGAUUGUUGGAAGGGAUUGAAGAUAGCUAUCUGAAGUAUCGAAUUGAAACACUGACACAGUUUGGAGAUUUACUGAAGAAAGCUGGCGUGUCUAUUGUGGAACCGGUCGGGAGUGCACUUUACAUCAACGCAGCUAAAUGUUUGCCUCAUAUUCCAACACACCAGUAUCCGGCGUGGGCUCUCAACUGUGCUCUGUUUGUUGAAGGAGGCAUCCGUGGAGCCCAUGGUCCAAAUGUGUUGGAUGUCGAUGACAGAAAUGACCGUGAAAGUCAUCAACAUUUCGUAAAACUCUGCAUCCCAAGGAGAGCCUACACCUUGUCACACCUGCUUUUUAUAGCAGAUAUAUUCAAGCAACUUAUAGCGAAAAAGGAGAGAGUGUCUGGAAUGAGAAUUGUUGGAAAUGGGCAUUAUUACAAGGUUAAGACGGCGCCUGUGGAAGCAGUAUUGAUUAGCGUGUAA